AACAUACUGUAGUGUGUCAGGUGAGACAUUCCUGCCAAAGCAAAUAGUCACUGGAUUUGUCGGUCUGACCAUUUUUUCACUGUCAGACAGUCAGUGUAGAUUCUCAUUUCUGGCUACCCGUACAACAGUAAAGGAAAACCCACAGCAGAGAAACAAAUGAAACAGGAUUAUUUUGAAAUGAAAAUCUGUUUUAUUGUUGGCACUCUAUCACUUGUAUGUGGAACGAUGGGUGCCGGUAGGCCUAAACAUGAAAUGAAGUCAGUGGAGGGAGAUUCUGUCACUCUACACACUGAACUUACUGUAAUACAGAGAGACGAUCAGAUACUGUGGAUGUUUGGACCUAAUGAGACUCAAAUAGCUCUAAUCCAUAAGCAGAACAUUGAUAUGUUUGAUAUUAAUGAGACAUUUGGAGACAAACUGCAGCUGGAUUAUCAGACUGGAUCUCUCAUCAUCAGAAACAUCACAAUCAAACACUCUGGACUUUAUAAACUACUGAUCAUCAGUAACAGAGGAACUUCAUACAAGAGAUUCAGUGUUACUGUAUACGCUCAUCUGCCUGUUCCUGUCAUUAUCAAUAACUCUUCACACUGUUCAUCAUCAUCAUCAUCAUCAUCAUCAUCAUCAGAAAGAUCAUCGAGCCCAAAAUGUGUCUUUCAAUGUUCAGUGGUGAAUGUGACACAGGUGACUCUCUCCUGGUACAAAGGAAACAGUUUAAUCUCCUCCAUCAGUGUGUCUGAUCUCAACAGCAGUCUCUCUCUACCUCUGGAGGUGGAAUAUCAGGAGAACAACACCUACAGCUGUGUGGUGUCCAAUCCCAUCAGAAACCAGACUAAACAUCUCAACAUUACUGAAGUCUGUCAGACGUGUCCAGAAACAAGCCUGAAUUCAUAUUUAAUACCACUGAUAAUUGUUGCUGUUGUGUUUUUUGUUGUGCUGCUGGUCAUAAUUGGAGGUGUGAUGAUUUGUCAGUACAUGAGCGGUAAAAAACGGUUCGAUGACUCUCCCCAGUCAUGUACACCCCUUGUGUCUGUGCUUUACUGUCCAUCCCAGAACCACAGGGCCAGAGUACCAGAACUAGAUUCCUUGUCGUCCACUGAGCCAUAGUCCAGGUUUGCCAAAUCCAUCACCCCAGCAGAGUCCUGAUUCACCAUAUCUACCAUCUGUGGUCCACACCAUACAUUUGACAUGGGCUUUUUUCUGAACAGCCCAUGUCGGAAGUUUGGUGUGGAAAGGUGAGGUGUGGAAAUGAAGGUAAGGUCUUGAAAACCCCCAUGUACAAAGUAUGGCCGGCCAAACGACCAUGUAUAAAAUAUUAUCUGAAAAAUGCCCACAUUCGGAGUAUAGCCGGGAAAACACCCACACUCAAAAUAUAAUCUGGAAAAUGCCCACGUACAAAGUAUGGUCGGGAAAUGCCAACACUCAAAAUGUGACCUGGAAAACGCUCACGUACAAAUUAUGGUCGGGAAAACGGCCACGUAUAAAGUAUGGUCGGGAAAACAGCAACACUCAGAAUGUGACCUGGAAAAUGCCCACGUAGAAAGUAUGGUCGGGAAAACGCUCACGUACAAAGUAUGGUCGGGAAAUGCCAACACUCAAAAUGUGACCUGGAAAACGCCCAUGUACAAAUUAUGGUCGGGAAAACGCUCACGUACAAAGUAUGGUCGGGAAAACAGCAACACUCAGAAUGUGACCUGGACAACGCCCACGUAGAAAGUAUGGUCGGGAAAACGCUCACGUACAAAGUAUGGUCGGGAAAACGCUCACGUACAAAGUAUGGUCGGGAAAACGCUCACGUACAAAGUAUGGUCGGGAAAACGCUCACGUACAAAGUAUGGUCAUGAAGACAUUCAUGUGCUUGUUGUAGUUGUAUGUUGUAGUUGUAUUGUAUAUUGUACUUAAUUUCUGAAUAAAAUAAUCAAACCUCAUAAUGUGUUCAUUCAAUGUACAAAAAGCCGUAGACAAAUACUUUAUAGAGACAGAUAUAUUUUUAUUUAAACCAUUUAGAACAGUGGUUCCUAAACUUUUUCAGUCAAGCCCCCUUUACUAAUCGAAAAAUGUUUAGCCCCCCCCCCCCCCCCCAAAUCCAUUCACACCUUUCAUAGUAAAAUGAGUUGUAAUUGUUGCAUAGUCAUACAAAAAGCAAUUUAUUGUCUCUGCAAACAAGAAUACAAAAGAUAAAACUAAAGUUGAUGUCAAUUUGUUCAAAUGUAAUUGUAACUAAUUACUAAUAACUGAUUUUGAAAGAGUUAAAAAUGUGCUGCACAUUAAAAAUGUUCCUGGGUAAAAAAUUAUCUUCGGUGGUGGCUGACAUACAUGGUCAUCACAUGCGUGAUGCAGUUUUUUGUUUUUUUACAUAAUUGCAAUUCAUAUUUAAGAUAUGUAGUUGUAUAUAUUGGAGCACUUGACAGUGAGGACAGUGAGGUCAGGAACUGAUGUUGGUUGAUGGGGCCUGACUUACAGUUGCUGUUCUAGUUCAUCCUACCGUCUCCCUGCGCCUCCCCUGCAGUGCCCUUUGGGAGGCGUGCCUCAGAAUUUGGGAACUACUGAUUUUGAAGAUAUAAUAGGGAAUUUCACAUAUUUCCACAUAGCUUGUAACCCAGCAUCUGAACGCAGGAGACCGUAAAUGCAAAAUCAUGCACAAAAAAAAAAAAAAGGGUUUUGAUGCAUUCAAAAGCUCUGACCAGCGAAUUUGUUACAUGAUAAGACGUAUGACCAAUAGAAUAUCAAAUAGCCUCAAAUUCACCUCAUGGCUCAAUACAAAUAGAUAAUUCAAAGCUUUUGAUUUUGUGGGAAAGUGGAGUAGAUUUUGAAUACAACAUUAUUUGAUAUAUAUAUAUAUAUAUAUACAGUGAAUAUAAAUAGGAGAGCAUGAAUUCAAAUCCUUCAUUUCAGUGAUCGAAAUAAUUUUGCAUGCUCAAAGUCUAGUUUGACCGCUAUUAAUUAAAAGCGGGAGGUGCCCGACCACGCAAUGCAAUGCCGUACCACGAUUACGCCACUCUUGGCAUGUGCACCUUGUACCUGUCUGGAUGUGUCAAGCAUAAAUCAGGCUUGGCAGCCAUGAACCCAACAAAGUUGUUGUUCUUUCAUUCUUGUUUGCCCUGUUCUUUAUCAGGCAUUAUAUACUGUAUUUCUCGACCAACAAUGGUGAGCUCAUUCCGUCAAAGUGUAUUCAGUGAUAUCACAAAUUACUUUUUUCAAAGUCUAGUCAUGUUUUGAGUUUCAAUGUAAAGAAAACUACCAUUAGUUUCACAAUUUAUUCUUAUCUUCUGCAGAUGGCUAUCCUGUCAAGUGCUACAUCACCUGGGAUUUUUUCUUUUUCUUUUUUUUUUUUUCUUUUUUUCUUCUUUUUUUACAGGAUUCUUAUGAAUUGAACCCGAGGAUUGACUGUGUCCAAAGAAAAUGUUGUAGAACACAGAUCAGAUCAGGUGAAAUUUGGAAGCGCGUUCCACCACAGAGGAGCAGAGAGAGUGAUGGUUCUAGAAAGUGACUUUGUAUCUCAUUGUGAAGGAGCCACCAGGUACUGACCACAUGGGCUGACCACAGAGGACAGGAGGGGACAUAGACCUGAAGAAGAGUCCCAGCAGAAGUCCUGUCUUGAACUCGAGGUGGAAAGCUACAGGAAAAGUUCAACCCAACAACUGAGGUGAAUCUUCAAAGGCAGUUACUGACAGAUACUAUGACAUGGUCAAGACAGUCCAGUUUUAUCACGGACUUGCAACAAAGUUCAUGAUACUCUUUUGAUAUCAUGGUUAAUCUUUCUGGCUGACUGGAGAAAGAGCUGAUUCAUCUCAACCACAGCUUCAGAAAACAACAUUAGCUUCUACUGCCUGCAAAUGUCAAGCUAAGAUCUUGUCUAGUCUUGUUCUGUCUUAGUAAGAUCAAAUUCUUGAUUUGAACUGAGUACUUAAGAUUGUAGCAUACCUGCAUUAUAACUCAAGUUUAAUGAAACAUGUUAAUUAUUUCAGUAUAAUUCAUGUUUUACCAGUAUUAACUGUGCGUCAUUGUGAAUAGAAAUAUUUGUGUGUACUUUUUUUAUUAUUUAUCAUUUACUAUUUAUUAUUUACCAACUACCUCAUUUUCAUCCUGACAAGCCUCAAGUGAAAAUUGUUAUGGCUGCUUUGUGUUACUGUAUUGUUUUUAUUAUAUCAGGUUCAGUAUAUUCUGAGGAAUUCAUAUUUCACGCUUAUUAUCCAUUUAAAUGGAUUUAACAAGCACUAUAAAGGAGUUCACAGUGUAAUGCCACUCGUGUACAAAUAAGCUAGUUAGCUAACUAGUUUGCCCUGUUAACAGGACAUUUUCCAAGUGUUCAGACAUGAGCGUAUUUUCACAUAUUAUAAACGAUAUAUUAUAAAUAUUUUGUCAGUAUUAUGAAUUCUGUAUGGCUGGAAUACACCUGGUCAAUAUAACCUUUGUGUAUGUUUGCACAUUUUGUAUUCAUUUCUUUUAAACAUGUGCCAGCCCGAGGAGGAGGGCUUCCCCAGCUGAGUCUUGGUUCCUCCCAAGGUUUCUUCCUCUUUUACAUCUUAGGGAGUUUUUCCUUGCCACUGUCGCCUUUGGCUUGCUCACUGGGGGCAUUUGUAAGGCACUUGUUUUUGUAAAGCUGUUUUGAAACAAUAUACACUGGGGCCAAAAGUUUGGAAUUAUGUACAGAUUUUGCUGUUUCGGAAGGAAAUUGGUACUUUAAUUCACCAAAGUGGCAUUCAACUGAUCACAAAGUAUAGUCAGGACAUUACUGAUGUAAAAAACAGCACCAUCACUAUUUGAAAAAAGUCAUUUUUGAUCAAAUCUAGACAGCAGCCAUCACUCCAACACCUUACCCUUGAGUAAUCAUGCUAAAUUGCUAAUUUAGUACUAGAAUUUUUUUUAUAAUUGCCAUUAUAUCAAAAACAGUUGAAAGCUAUUUGGUUUGUUAAAUUAUGCUUAACAUUGUUUUUGUGUUUGUUUUUGAGUUGCUACAGUAUAAAAUAGACUGGCAUGCAGGGCCGUUUCUAGGCAUGGGCGAACAAGGCGUUCGCCUAGGGUGCCACCUGCUGGGGGUGGGUUAAGAGGAGGGUGCCACCUCCUGGAGGGGCACCAAUGGGGAUCUCACCUAGGGCGCCAGAAUGGUCAGAAACGGCCCUGCUGGCAUGUCUUAAGGUCAAUAUUAGGUCAAAAAUGGCAAAAAAGAAACAGCUUUCUCUCGAAACUCGUCAGUCAAUCAUUAUUUUGAGGAAUGAAGGCUAUACAGUGCUUGAAAUUGCACAAAAAAACUGAAGAUUUCAUACAAAGGUGUACACUACAGUCUUCAAAGACAAAGGACAACUGGCUCUAACAAGGACAGAAAGAGAUGUGGAAGACCAGAUGUACAACUAAUCAAGAGGAUAAGUACAUCAGAGUCUCUAGUUUGAGAAAUAGACACCUCACAUGUCCUCAGCUGACAGCUUCAUUGAAUUCUACCCGUUCAACACCAGUUUCAUGUACAACAGUAAAGAGAAGACUCAGGGGUGCAGGCCUUAUGGGAAGAAUUGCAAAGAAAAAGACACUUUUGAAACAGAAAAACAAAAAGAAAAGGUUAGAGUGGGUGAAGAAACACAGACAUUGGACAACAGAUAAUUGGAAAAGAGUGUUCUGGAUCUUAACCCCAUUGAGCUUUUGUGGGAUCAGCUAGACUGUAAGGUGCGUGAGAAGUGCCCGACAAGACAGUCGCAUCUAUGGCAAGUGCUACAGGAAGUGUGGGGUGAAAUGUCACCUGAGUAUCUGGACAAACUGACAGCUAGAAUACCAAGGAUCUGCAAAGCUGUCAUUGCUGCAUGUGGAGGAUUUUUUGAUGAGAACUCUUUGAAAUAGUUUAAGAAGUUCUGAAUGUUUUUUUCAAAUUGUAAUAGUAAUUUUUCACGUUAUUAAUGUCCUGACUAUACAUUGUGAUCAGCUGAAUGCCACUUUGGUGAAUAAAAGUACCAAUUUCUUUCCAUAAGAGCAAAAUCUGUACAUUAUUCCAAACUUUUGGCCGCCAGUGUAUAUUGUCAAAAGUGUUAUGAAAUUGCACUGAACUGAAAAUGUAAAUAAAUAUGUGAUAUUUUUAAUGUA